CACCGGUACCCUAACACUACGAGUAGACACGCACUAGAAUACAUGCCGCUGUUGUUUUGACGUGUUUUUUCUCAAACUGCCGCCAAGUGAGCGCUGACUGCCUCCAUCACGGAGGAGCAGUUACAGGCAGAGGCAUGGAUCUCAUCAGUAAACCUAGGAGUAAGUCCAUAGUGUGGCUGUACUUCGGUUUGAAGGCGGAUGAGAAGGGGCAGCCGCUGAACUCCGGAGAGGCCGUGUGUCGCUUGUGCAGAAAAAUUGUGCUGGCGAAAGGUGGAAACACCACCAACCUUAGAAGUCACCUGAAGAGAAGACACCGUGCGGAUUUCUUCGACAGCUCUACCCCCACGACCCCCGGAGCAUUGUCCGAGUCUCCUGGAAGUGCUGGGGGCAGUAUCGAUUCCAUUGUCUAUAUGCACCAAGGCAUAGAAGAAGAACGUUUUGGAAUCAUGGCGGAAAAGAGAGUUGGAGAUCCGAAACAAGCUAGACCGAGAGCUUCAAAAGUCUGGGAAUAUUUUACCGUCAAACCAAACAAAAAAGUACAAUGCAACAUCUGCAAAAAGGAACUAGCAUUUCAUAGCAGCACCACGGUAAUGCAUGAACAUUUGAAGCGGAAGCAUCCUGGAGUCACCACGUCGCCUCUUCCUGCCGGUACUAAGCAAAAGCGUGUGGACGAGUUUGUCCUGAAGAGAAGCUCAUGCACCCCUGAUAUGAAACCUCUAUCAAUGGUUGAGGAUGAGGGCUUUAAGCAGAUGGUCAACACAUUCCAUCCAGGUUUCGAUCUCAACCAUGAAGAAUACUUUGAGGAUGUUCCAUUUCUGCAGAACGCUUCGAAUCAGAACUACGUCCCGGAUGCGGUGCUGCCACCCGGGGAGCCCUGGCUCCAUGGCGGCCCCUCACGAGCAGUGCUGUCCCUGCCUUCCUGCCUGUGCCUGUGUGGGGAGGAUGGAUCUCUCCUGUCUGGUCCUGGAUCUUCUGGCGAGGAGCCGAUGGGAGAGGUGAAAGUGUACGCCAAGUGUCACCUCCAGCAGGGCGUCAUGUUUGGGCCCUACAUAGGAGAAAUGUGCAAGGGUCAAAUGCCAAACAGCCUCAAAUACUCCUGGGCUAUCAGAGAUGAUGCUUCCUUCAUCUACAUUGACGCUUCUGAUGAAAAUAAAUCCAAUUGGAUGAGGUAUGUUACAUAUACGAGCAAUGAGGAGGAGCACAAUCUAUUUGUCUUCCAGUUUUACCGCCACAUCUACUACAAGGUUUCCCAGCCCAUCACAGAGGGAGCACAGCUCAGAGUGUGGAUUGGGAAGGAUUACGCCACUCUGCUGGGCCUCGGGAUGGGCGACAGUGUAAAAUGUGAAAUCGGAGAAAAGGAAACAGCUCUGCGCCUCCUGCAAGACAUCCAGUUGGUCACCCUCCCGGAGUCGUGCAGCUCUUCCCUUUGGUCAGAUCACAGCCAAUCACAGAGCCCCAUGCCUGUCAUCAGUGACGUGACGACAGUGUCAAAUGCAGACUCGGCUAUUGAUCCAGGGGGGCUGUCUGGAUCCGCCUUCCCCUCUACUUCCAUCAUGUCCCUCCCGCUCCCCAGCUCCCAGCUGAUGGAAAAGUAUGAUUUUAUGCCUGGAACAGAAAAACUGCUGAGUAGCCCAAACGUCACGCAACACAGCCCGUGGUACUUUUUCGGUUUCGAGCCGGACCCAACCGGUCGGCCCCUUGACCGGAGCAUCGUGGUGUGUAAGCUGUGUUGGGAGCACGUGAGCUGCGCCGGAGGAGCUGCCGACCUCCAAAACCACCUGACCAGCAAGCACCACAUCAGAACACGUGACUGCAACAGGGAGCGGGCUCUUCUGAUAACGGGACAACAUCACCCUCACUCACUGAUGGGUACCAACGGCCUGGUCAACACAUUCCCCCAUGUUUUGUCUGCUCAAGUGACCCAUGCCAUAACCAACUUCGUCAUCAUGGAUCUCCAGUCCCCGGCUCUGGUGGAAGGGGAGGGCUUCAAACAGCUGAUCCUCACCCUCCUGCCCUCAUGCAAGGAUCUGCCGUCACCUUGUCAGCUGGAGUACCUCCUUAGAGAACACCACAGCAAGGGCAAAGCGAGGCUGUCCCAGCUGCUGAUGAGGAAAACAGUAAGUGGGGAGAACGAGGAGAUAUCUGACUACACCGCUCCCAUCGAGUGUGAGCCCAGGAGACGUGGCCGACCUCCUGGCAAUAAGAGGGGAGUUCAUCACUUUGUCACUGUAAGUGUGGACAUUUGGUCGCACAACUGGCAGGGCAAACCCGAGAGGUACCUCACCGUCUGGGCACACUGCAUAGAUGCCAGUUUUGUCUCUAAGAAUCUGGCCCUGGCAACCCAAAGACUGAAGGAGUGUGGGGUGAAAGACUACACCCUUCAAGCAGUGGAGACCCAAGUCAAAGUGAUGGCACAGGAGUGGGGGAUCUUUCAGCCUAAUCUGGUGCUGCUGGGAGGGGAAGGAAGGAAUAAAAUGGGGUUGGGGACAAUAAAGGGGAAGAAAGAUGGAGAGGCGGCAGUAAGUGUCCCUCACCCAAACUCAACAACAUUUCUUGAAAAGGACGAAUCUGUGUCACCCGAGGAACCACAUGGCUCAGAGUGCAGCCAAUCCAGUGUGGGGCUUCCAUCUAUUCCAUGUUUCUUCAGCAUCGUGCAGGACUGCAUCGAGGAAUUAAUGUCACAUCAUGUCAUCUCCAAGACCCUCGGCCAGUUUCAGGGUAUUGUAUCAACAAUGUUCCUGCCACCUGCUUUAAACAAAGGCUCAUAUCAGCAUCAUGUCCAGAGUCUGCUGGAGACGCUGACGAGACAGGAACAGGCCGAGCUGAAGUCGUGGGCUCAUUGUCAGCCAGCGUGGAAUAAGCUCUACCCUCUACUUAGCAUGCUCAUCAAACAUAAAAGCCUCGUCUGUGAUGUAAUAAAAGAGAUGAAAAUGCAGGGCUUGUCCAAAGAAGACACUGCUUCAGAAGCCAGUUCAUCUGGCGGCUGCCACGCCAACUCCACCUCCAACACGGCCUCAGCAAACGUCACAGUGCGUUCUGAUUGGAAGGUCCUGGAGGAUCUGUGUUUGGUGCUCAGACCUCUGGACGUGGCCUGUCGGACCCUCGCCAAGGAGGCCUUCCCUCGUCUGUCCCUCAUCAAACCCAUUCUCAUCGGCCUGCUCUCCCGCCACCUCGUCUCACGGCCGGGAGAUUCGUCAUCCAUCUUAAAGGAAGUGAAGAGGAUGAUGAGGCGAAACUUGUCGAGCUGCUACGACAACCCUGUGGUCAACAGGGUUCUGUGCGUGGCGUGUUCCCUUGACCCACAGUUCCAUGGGCUGGGCUUCAUGGAGGAAAAGGAGCAGACGGCCACAUUUGAUUGGUUGAAGAAAGAGGCCAUCAGGAUUGCGAAGGAGGAAAGGAGGAGGAGCCAUUGUAAAAGCCAGACCAAGAGAAGCUCCUCCCCUGGGUCUCCAGCAUCGGAUAGCGACUACCGGCGGAGGAGCAAACGCCUCAAGGACUCCCGCCCAAUCAACUUCAGAGAGGCCGACGAUGACGAGAGCGACGUUGUAGAGGCCGAUGAGAACGAGACAGCGGACCCGGCCUCCCAGAGUGCGCUCUCCGGUAUGGAGUUCCUGCUGGGAGACCUGUUCUGCUCAACCCCCCAGAGCAAGCAGAGCUCUGCUGAGGAAUCUGUAGACAUGGAGAUGUCUGUGUUCAGGGCCGGUAAGGGGGCCUCGCUGGGAUUGGAGCCUCUGCAGUGGUGGAGGACGAAGGCCGUUCAGUUCCCACUGUUGGCAACAGUGGCACGGGCCUACCUGGCGGCCCCCGCCGUGGCAGGCAACGCCGCACUGGACUUUUUGCGGGAAGGGGUGGGAACCAUGUACAGAAAAAGAGCCAACAUUCCACCGGAAAGUUUGGACGCAAUCCUCUUCCUGCACCACAACCACAUGUCCACCUGUGAUGCUGAGCAAACGGCAGUUAGGAAUGAUGACAAGAACAGUGGGAGUGAAAAGGUUCUAUGAACACAAACACACACUUAAUUUAUCCAGAUUUAAACUGGAUUACUACUAUAAACCAAAGCCCCAAAAAGAGCUAGGGGUGAUAAUCCUGGAAAAAUUUGCAUGAGCAGGCUAUACUUAUGUAUAAAUAUACAGCCGAUACAUCCCAUCCCCUCCUUUCAACCAUCUGGGAGGUAGGUUAGUGACAGUCAGGUAUGCCAGCCAUUCAUUUCUUUUAGUCCAAAUGAAUCAGUCAAGUUUAUCACAGUUGUGCAAAGGCCAGAGUCACCAGUUCCGGCUCUGAACACUAAUGGUCAGGUGACCAAAUAACUUUUGUGAACGCUCUAAUUUGCCAAAAAAGCGAGGUUAUAUUGUGCCUCAGUUUUCAGUGUGUUCAUGAUGAAAAUUGCCUUUUUAGCGAUAAAAAAAAAACCUGCGGAUACCCACAAAUCGUUCUGUAAGAGGUAUGACUUAGAAAAAUCAAAUAACCAUGACUACUUUUAAAGCUGCAUUCCGAAGUUUUUGAAAAUAAAGGAGAGAGAAAGAGAACUUAUAGAUGCAGAAAAUCUGUCACUUUAUUUAGCGAGUAUAGAUCGGAUCACUGUACGACUGACUCACAGUUAAACUUCUUCUGUGUAGUAUGAACUCUGUAGUAUCUAGUGCCUUACCUUGUUUAAAUACAGUAGAUUGAAAGACAUUUUUAUUUUUUUUAUCCUUAAUGCCAAUUUCCAAGAAACAUAUUGUGUAAAACUCUGUGGUUGUAUUGUGUAAAACUUCCACCUUGUGACUAAGCUAUUGCAUUUUUUUUUUUGUUCUCCAAAGACUGACUAUAAGCUCACUUCUAUAUAGAAGGAAUUUAACAAUUGUUUCAGUAAAUGAAACAACCCUUGUGAAGGAUUUAGGAGGAUCUGUCGGCAGGAAUGGAAAAUAAUAUGAACAUUCAUAGUGAUGUUUUUAUUAGUGUAGAUUCACCUGAAACUAAGAAUCCAUUUUUUUUUUCACCUCAUGAUGAGCCCUUCAUAUCCAUAUCUGUUGCAGUUAUCAACCAUACUGUUGCUGUUUCUGCAGUAGCCCAGAACAGACAAAACAAAUCCUGGUUUUAAAAAGAGCCUUAUACAGUUUGAUGGUGGAAGGCCACUGUAGGUUCUCCUAAACACUCCUAAAUUCUCCUCUAUCUUAGACCUUGUUUAGAUCGUACAGUCUAUGAUUUAGACAUGGUAUUAACGUCUGUCCUGAGUGGUCAAUUUGUACGUGACAAACGCUAAGUUCAUUUGUGAAAGCACCCAAAGUGUUCUGGGAUCUGAUCACUCAGACCUCGUUGGAGAUGAUGCAGGUGGCCACAAACAAAUCAACUAAUGGACACAGAGAAGCUUAAUUAUACGAUUAAAAGGCACCGGCUGUGUGCUCGCAUGUUGACAGCGUUAAGUUUUUCUCUUCAACCCUGACAUUAAAAUGUGUCCUGUCUCCUGUGACCACUUUAGGACGGAUGUUAAUACCACUCUGAAUACUGGCUCUUAAGAUCCCAGGAUAACAGUUUGAUCAUAAAAAACUUACAUAUACCGAGUAAACUUUGCUGCCUCAUGUAAAAUUGUAGAGAAUCUUGUUUACUGCUUGUUAUUGCUCUAUUUCACAAGGUAAUAUAAAGAAGUGUAUUGCACAAUUUCAGAUUUGUGAUUUAAGCCUACUUUUAUUGUUUUACACCGUAGUGUCCUGGAAUCUUUGCUUAUUGACACACAUGUAUUUGUCUUUCUGUAAUGUAAACAUUGCAUACUUUUGUAAGUAAAAACUGUUCUAGCUC